AUGGCUCCAACUGMAUUAGCUUACCAUUGUGUKAUUGAUCGGGAUGUUCAAGAAUUGGAGAAAUUGAAAGACCCGACAGGACCGUUGUCUGAAUCAAUUUCAAUGAUGAAAACACAAGAGUCUUCGUACGUGAAUAACAAUGGCAAAGAGAUAACUGAUGCUAAAAUCAAACAACAACUGACUAAAAACGGCGAGCUGAUGGCCAAACUGGAGCAAAAAAUUUCGUCGAAAAACGAGCAUGACAAAGGCGGUCGACCUGAUACGAAAGUACAGUUGUCGGUGGACAUACCAAGCAAGGGCAUACACAAACAGACGAUGUACACGUCGGACGGCGAACCGCCGAGGAAACGGGACAGCAAAUACAGAGAAUACGACAAAAAAAACUACGACACGCAGUUCCCUCUACCAGUGUCGUCUUACUUCAACGUGGAAGCGACACCCGAGGAUAUGGCGGAAUACAUUUUCUUCACAAAGGACUUCAAAUCAGUGACGCAAGCAAUCGAGAAAUUAAUCCAGGAUGGAAGGUUGGAUCGCGAAUCGGCAUUGGCGUACUUGGACAAGAUCGACAGGGAGCUGUACCGACUGGACGCACGUUACUCCGACCAAGGCGUAGAAGUUUCAAGCAAAGACAUCGAAAACCCAUUAAAAUUCCAAAAGAACUAUGAAUCUUCCGAUUUCAACGACAUUGAUGGAACGUUGACCGAACUAAAAGAAAUGCAACAGAUACUCAGAGACAAGUAUAGCAAAAAAAGCAUCGACUUGGAGGAGGAAGAUUACAACUCGAAACGAAUUCGAAAAAUCUUGGAAGCAAAACUGCGCAUGUCUGAUUCGCAGUACAAUCGACUUUUGGAAACGAUGACGGCUCCGWCAGAUUAUACGUAUGCCCAGACGAUGAUGGACGAAAUCAUUUAUCAACUAGCUAAGCUCAUGUUCAACCAAGGACUUUUUAUCGGCGGGUCAGAAGCUCAAGAAUCUUUGCAAAAAUUCACUGACUUCUUGGAAACCGAAGCGAGCCGAGGAAGGAUUUCCAGAGUCCUUGAGAAAAAGAUAUUGGAUUUACUGAUAACGUCGCUUUCGGAUACAUUGACCGAACACCCGGAACUAAUGGCCGCCGCCAAAGAAGGCUUCAGCAAAUAUCUUGAUGCUUACCCCAAYUCAGAAUCGAACGGUAUCCAUCAGAUGAAAAAUGACAAUUUUUCUGCAAAGACGAGAAGAGACACCGAGACUUCAGCAAGAGGUCAGUUAAAUGCUGGUUUGGAAGCGUCCGUAGUGAAGCGGAGCGUGAAGACGUCUGGUAUCGAAGACAACGAAGUCGGUAGUGUAGCGACGAAAAAUUAAAAAAUAUAAAAACAUAUUAUU